AUGGAGGUGAGGGGCGUAGUGAAGAAGAAGAGGAGAGUGAGGAGAAGUGAAGAAGAGCCUGCCCUGAAGAGAAAGAGGGAACUGAGGGCAGAAGAGACCAGGGCUCUGCUGAUAAAGGCGGGGGCUGCAAAACUCAAGGUAGAUGAGGCCAGGGCUCAACUUGCAAAGUUGAAGAAGGAGAGUGCAAGUUGGGAGAGUGCCCACGCUGAUCAACAAACGGUCAAGGUGGAGCUGGAGAACACACGCCACCAGGUUGUGUCGCUCGAGUUCCAACUGGCUGGCGAGCAGAAGAGGUUGGAUGAGGCCCAAAAAGCCUACGCGGUCGCUGUUGAACGACAUGAAGAAGCGAUGAGCAGUAAUGAAGAGUUGGUCAGGCAGAAGGAUGAGGCAGACGUGAAGAUUGAUAGUCUACAAAAGGAGCUGGAGGACAAGCGUGCUAAGGCAGUGGAGGAGAAUGAGAGCCUUCAGAAGGAAUUGGAAGCAGAGAGAGCCAAGGUGGCUGCUGAAAAAGAGAGCCUUCAGAAGGAGUUGGAGGUAGAGAAAGCCAAGGUAACUACUGAAAAGGAGAGCCUUCAGAAGGAGUUGGAGGCAGAGAAAGCAAAGGCAACUGCUGAAAGGGCGACCCUGGAUAAGGAGUUGGCGGAGGAGAGGGCUAAGGCAGCCUCUGAAAAGGCGGCUUACCCCGAUCUUUAUGUGGCAGCAGUGGACCACAAAAUCUACUUGGACUUGAGUAGUGUGAAAAUCGAUGACGACGAUGUGGGCCAGACCCCCCUUGAUGAGGGCAUUGAAGAAGAAGACCUUGUGUCCCGUGAAGAGGAGUAG